AUGAUCAAGACCCAGGCGCCCGUGCUCCGCCGAGCCGCCAUGGGGCUCAGACACUACUCUGAGCCUCCCAAGCCGGCCUCGCUGACACCAAUCCCCCUGGCUUCCAGCCAAGCCCCUCCCACCAUCGGCGAAACCACCCACUUCGGCUACCAGACCGUCAACAAGAGCGAAAAGGAAAAGCUCGUCGGCGGCGUGUUCUCGUCGGUGGCCCGCUCCUACGACGUCAUGAACGACGUCAUGCUGAUGGGCGUCCAUCGCUUGUGGAAGCACCACUUCAUCAACCGCCUCGACGCCGGGAUGAGACCCGGCGCCUCGAGACCGUUGGACUUCUUGGACGUCGCUGGCGGUACCGGCGACAUCGCUUUCGGCCUCAUUGACCAUGCUGCGGAGAAGUUUGGCGACUAUAAGCUGACAAUGACCGUGGCCGACAUCAAUCCCGAUAUGUUACGUGAAGGGGAGCGCCGGUUUAAUGAAACGAAGUGGGCGGCCGACCCCGAACAAAGAAAGAGAUUCUCGUUCAAAGUGCAGAAUGGCGAAGUGAUGGAUGAGAUCGAGGACUCGUCUAAAGAUGUGUACACCAUCGCCUUUGGUAUCCGUAACUUCACCGAUAUCCAGGCGGGGCUCAACACUGCCUACCGUGUUUUACGUCCCGGUGGUGUGUUUGCCUGUCUCGAGUUCUCGCAAGUGGAAAACCCUGUGAUUGACAUGGGCUACCAGGCGUACUCGUUCGGGUUGCUCCCGUUGAUGGGGCAGCUCAUCGCCAACGACCGCGACCUGUACCAGUACCUUGUCGAGCUGAUCCGCAAGUUCCCUCCUCAAGAACAGUUUAAGCUGAUGAUUCAAAAGGCCGGUUUCUUCGUCCCCGAACCGGGCUACGAAAACUUGACCUUCGGCGUCGCCGCCAUCCACUUGGGCGUCAAGCUCUAA